AUGCACAUCUUCUGUUUAUGUAAAACAUAUUAGUUAAAUAUGCUUUUAAAGGCUGCUCUUGUAAGGUAGCAUGGUAAAGAUACAUAUUGGGUCUAAGCAACAAAAUUGUUAACCAAAAACUAUGCAAGUUUGCCUCGUGUAAACAGGGCCUAACAGCUGCAAAAGCAAAACACAAAUGAAAGAAUCGGUGUUUUCAGUGCUGGAGCUGCCGUGCAGGAUCAGACCGGCAGGAUUGCCAUGGAGGAGGUGCGUGUCCAUUGCUACCACUCAGCCGGUGCAUGGACGACCCCUCUCCACGGAGUCUGCGAAGUGCGGCAAAAGUGCGGCCCACGACCACGCCGGAUUCACCGAGUGGCGAACCGUCUACAGUCUGCCGGCCAUAAGGAUUGUGGCCGCAUUCAGUAGGCUAAAGGUCUACCAGGCGGCACUCACAGCAGCCGGUACGCCCAUUGUCUUUGCCCUGGGGAGCGCCGGACAGCUGAGCACGGAUGCACUGGCCAUUUACGGCGCCGUGGGCAUCUCCGGCCUGGUCACCCUCACACUCGCCAGCUACGCGGCCUCGAAUCUCGUUGGCUUCGUCUACGUGAACGAGCAGCAGGAUCUGGUCAAGCUGGCCUACGUGGACUUCUGGGGACGGCGACAGGAGACCCUGCUGGACGUCGGCGAUUUGCUGCCCAGCUGGGAGCAGGGACGUCCGUCCCGACUAAGAUUGGUUUCGCCCAUCUGCCUGCGAAGCGACCCCAAGAAGCGGUACAAACUUCUAAAUCGAUUUGGCCAUGUCAGCGAUCCCCAGUUGUUCGAGGGCCUCUUCGGAGAUUGAAAGUAAGCUUUCAGUUGCAAAAAAGCUUCAAUUCUUUUGGCAUUAUUCUUUAUUAUGAGUAUUUACAAAGCUCAGCGUAAUUGUCCUUUACCAAAAAUCGGGCCCAGUGUACUCUUUGACUGUGGAUAUAACCAUGAAAUCAUCG